AUGAAUGUUUUUCAGCAAGUUUUCGCAGAUGUUAGCCCUCAUGCAUCUGAUCUAUUAACAAAAGAAACACAUAAAUCACCACCUGCUAGAAUGAAAAACACAGAUAACACUUUAACAGAUCAAAAGAAAAAGUUGACACCUCAAACCCGUCUUGUAUUUCAAGAACCAGCAAAUCAAAACAAUAAAAAAGGUGCUUCUAUGAAAGUUAGAUCAUUUGUUGAUCGCCCAUCAUCAAUAAAAGAAUCUAAACCAAAGAAUACUCAACCUGUAGAUGUUAAACUCAACUGUGAAAACACCAGCAAGAGAAAAUACACAGCAGAAGAGGCUUUAAUUGAUACACAAAUUAGAAAACAAAAAGAUGAACUUGCAUCUGUUCUCAAAGAACUGGAGAAGAUUCGCGCAGAAGUUGAAAAUCAAUUUUCAGAGUCAAAGGAAAUCGAAGAGCAUAAUAAUGAAAUGAUGAGAUUUAUUCAAAAUAAUAAAUCAAAGUCUGAAAGAAUCAAAGAGAUUAAUGACAACUUUAAUAAGCAAAAGGUGGAACUUGACGCAAAAUGGAGCUCCAAGAUUGACCAAAUCAGCAAGAGCUCUUAA